UUGUGAUGUGAUAGCACACAGUGCGAACCAUAAACCACCCACCAACACCACCAGAAACCUAUGCCACUUUCCCUUUCCUUUUUACUCUCUCUCAAUUUAUGGUCUUCACCCUAACCGCACAUAUUAAGAUGGGUUUAUUGGGUUCGACAAAUAGUUUAAGUGCACAAUUGGUGAAGCUAACAUUGCUGGUUGAUGCCAAUCAAAAUGAAUCAGUUAAGAGAGACCUUGAGAGUUUUUCAACAAUUAUAACUACAGUUGAGAUGACUAUGCUUACAGUUCCAUUUGUUUGCAAUUGUGUGAUGUUCUUGGUUAAUGAACUUUAUUUUUUUGGUGUUUUUACGGUUGUAAAUGUAUGGAGGAAAGAGUUGGUUGUAUUGAUAGUUCUUUUCAGGUCUAAUUAGGCAAAGAAAUGGUAAGGAUGUUUCGAAUUUAUUAGAUCUUGCUGGCUUAGGGGAUUAAUUCAUACUAUUUCUCGAGUAAAGGUGUUUUUUCAAAUUAUGUAUCAAUAUGCUUUGAUGAUCACGUUC